AUGUCGACCGAGGCAGGCAAGCCCACUGGCCAGAAGCAACUCGACCGGGAGCUCCGCGACAUGGUCACUUCCAUCACCAAUCGCAUAACCGAUCUCCACAAAUCCGGCUCCGUCCACGGCCACGAGGAUGAGGACGAGCAUGGUGUGAGAAUCAUCACCCUUGCAGGUAACAACACCGGAGCCACAUUGCGAAGCGAGUUGGAUGAUCAUCAAGAAAAUCCUCGCAAACGUGGUGGUCAUCAUGGUCUUCAUCAAGGAGUUCCACAUGGAGACGGCGAGGGGCUGAGCACAUAUGUGAACAGCAACUUCCAAGCCGUCAACAACUCGCUCAUGAUGGGGGGAAGCUACACCACUAAUGAUCCAGGUGUUCAUCUCGACAUUACGGAUUUUUUUGAUCCACAUGGCCAUGGUAAGCCGGAGAAGAAGGGAUGGAAGGGUAAGAAGAAGGAGAAGGAGAAGGAGAAUGAGAACUUUCAUAGCGACCACCAUCAGGAGCAUGAUGAUGAGUGA